AUGGUCGCCACCAUCCCCAAGACGCAGACCGCGAUCAUCGCUAUUGAUGACGAGGGCACUCUUUGCAUCUCACAACAAGUUCCCGUCAUUGACCUGGAGCCGGAUUCCGUGCUGGUCAAGACGGCCGCUCUAGCCCUCAACCCCGUCGACUCCAAGAUGGCCAAGGGCUUCGCUGUGCCCAACGCCAUUCUAGGCUUUGACUUUGCCGGCGUCAUCGUGGCCAUUGGCACCGGUGUUACCAGGCAAGACCUCAAAGUGGGGGACCGGGUACUGGGCACCGCAGACAGCAUGGACCGUAAGAGACCUAGCGGCGGCGGCUUCUGCCAGUACGCCUCGACCGUGGCCACCCAGGCCCUGCGUCUGCCGGAUGAUAUUUCCUUCACUGAUGCCGCUUGCAUGGGCACCUCGCUUUCCUCUGCAGGCAUUGCCCUCUUUCGCUCCAUGAAGCUGCCUGGGUCAUUGACCGCACCCAACUCGGCCACCAACCCGCCCUACGUCCUUGUCAACGGCGGUAGCACCUCGACGGGCACCAUGGCCCUACAGCUGCUCAAGCUGGCGGGCUUCCGGCCCAUUGCCACCAGCUCGCCAUCGCACGAGGAGCUGGUCCUCUCCUAUGGGGCCGAGAAAGUGUUUAACUACCGGUCCGCCGACUGCGCCAAGGACAUCAGGUCUUACACCAAGAAUGCCCUGGCCUACGCCCUCGACUGCAUAACCGUCGAUUCAUCGAUGAAGCUGUGCUACGAAGCUAUUGGCCGCGCGGGCGGCCGCUACACGGCGCUGGACCCGUACCCCGAGGCGCAGGCCACUCGCAAGGUUGUCAAGCCUGACUGGAUCCUGGGCUCUACCGUCAAGGGUCGCGGCAGUGGCUGGGCGGCCCCCUAUGGGCGGGAAGAGGAUCCUGAUGCGCGAAUCUUUGCUGACGAACUCUACUAUGGAGCCCAGAAGCUUCUACUGGAGGGAAAGCUCAAGAACCACCCAGCUAAGGUCAUGUCGGGCGGAUUUUCCGGCAUUCUGGAAGGAUUGGAAAUGAUUCGGAGAAAGGAGGUCAGCGGGUUCAAGCUUGUCUAUGAGGUGGAUUAG